UUAUUUUGCGGCGAGUGUGUGUGUGAGACAAAAUGGCCGGCCCACCAGCGCUGGACGACAAGUCCCUCUGGCAGGACGAGAAUGACACCCUGGGCGAAGAAGUCCUGCGCAUGUCCGCGGACGAAAUUAUCAGUCGCACGCGACUUCUGGACAACGAGGUGAAAAUCAUGCGGAGCGAGGUGAUGCGCAUAUCCCACGAGCUCCAAGCCCAGAAAGAGAAAAUCAAGGAGAACACCGAGAAGAUCAAAGUUAACAAGACCCUACCUUACCUCGUUUCGAACGUCAUCGAGCUCCUGGACGUCGACCCUCAAGAACUGGGCGAAGAGGACGGCGCCAACGUGGACCUCGACUCCCUGCGCAAGGGCAAGUGCGCCGUCAUCAAGACCUCCACGCGUCAGACAUACUUUCUGCCAGUCAUCGGGCUCGUGGACGCCGAGAAACUCCGCCCGGGAGACCUGGUCGGAGUCAACAAGGACUCGUACCUCAUCCUGGAGACGUUGCCCCAGGAGUACGACUCCCGCGUCAAGGCGAUGGAAGUUGACGAGCGUCCCACCGAGCAGUACAGCGACAUCGGAGGCCUCGACAAGCAAAUCCAGGAGUUAGUAGAGGCGGUCGUACUGCCGAUGACCCACAAGGAGAAGUUCGUCAACCUGGGCAUAAGCCCUCCCAAGGGUGUCCUCCUCUACGGUCCUCCGGGGACGGGAAAGACCCUAAUGGCCAGGGCCUGCGCGGCGCAGACCAAGUCUACCUUCCUGAAGCUAGCGGGCCCUCAGUUGGUCCAGAUGUUCAUCGGAGACGGAGCCAAACUGGUCAGGGACGCCUUCGCGUUGGCCAAGGAGAAAGCGCCCGCUAUCAUCUUCAUCGACGAGUUGGACGCCAUCGGCACCAAGCGUUUCGACUCCGAAAAGGCUGGAGACCGGGAGGUUCAACGUACCAUGCUGGAACUCCUCAACCAGCUCGACGGUUUCAGUUCCAGCGCUGACAUCAAAGUCAUCGCUGCCACCAAUCGGGUCGACAUCUUGGACCCCGCGUUGCUCAGGUCCGGUCGACUGGACCGGAAGAUCGAGUUCCCGCACCCCAACGAAGAGGCCAGGGCGCGCAUCAUGCAGAUCCACUCUCGAAAGAUGAACUUCGACAAGGACGUCAACUUCGAGGAGCUUGCAAGGUGCACGGACGACUUCAACGGGGCGCAGUGCAAGGCGGUGUGCGUAGAAGCCGGCAUGAUAGCCCUGCGACGUGCCGGCGAAAAAGUCACGCACGAAGACUACAUGGACGCCAUCAUGGAAGUGCAGGCCAAGAAGAAGGCAAAUCUCAACUACUACGCGUAGGCCGGGAGGUCACACAAGAUGGUUUCUGUCUUUCCUCUUUUUUUUUUUUUCGUCUGUGCUUCAUUAAAACCAGUCCUUUCAUUCUA